AUGUCGGAACAGGUUUAUGGCUUGACUUUAUCCGCUGCGCCCCCAAUUCGCAGAGGAAGCACGCCGCUACCAGUAAAGCACCUGCUCAGACGGGAGGAAGCGGUCUCGGAGGAUUAUGACUGGAUGCCAGGGCUGGAUGAGCCCGUCGCUCCACCCAGCAGCAGCAUCGAUAACCAGGAUACGCCGCUUCUUUUAAAAGUUCCAGAGCAAAAGUACCAUGGGCCGCUGCGAAUCGUCUUGCUGGGACAGAACGGUGUUGGCAAAUCCUCGUUGGCCCUCUCUCUCGCUGGUCUGUCCGACAGAUCACUUUCGAUCGAUUCUGAAACCCAAACAACAGAUGAGGGCUAUCAGCGAAGGGUGACAGUAGAUGAUGAAGAUAGCUCCAUUUUGGUUUAUGACAAUUGGAAACAGGACCUUUCCGCCCUGCAGUGCGAGGUCUGCAUACUAGUCUUCUCGGUGACGGACCGUCGUAGCUUCCACCGCGUGGCUCAGCUGCGCCUGCUGCUGAGAGAAGGCCAACCCAACACUCCCUUAAUCCUUGUGGGCAACAAGAGUGACCUGGUGCGCUCGCGUGAGAUCAGCACAGAGGAAGCCCACCACUGCGCGAUGAUGUUCGGCUGUAUGUAUCUGGAGCUGUCAGUCUCGCUGGAGCACGGCACUAAUGAGCUGCUGGAGGCAGCGGUGAGGGCUGCCAGGGGCUAUGGACUGGGACCGGGGUGGGCCGAGCAGGCACCUAUCAGAGCCCGGCGUGAGAGCAUCACCACCAGGGCCAGGCGCUUCCUGUCAGGGCUGGUGCCGCGCUCGCACCACGGCCGAGAGCGCCUCCACGAUCAGGAGCGACACAGAGGCAGGUGCAUGUCGCGCCAGAAAUCUCGCUCCUGUCAUGAUCUCAGCGCCCUGAUGUGAAGGCUGAAGUGGAGAUGGGGAAGAGAAUGGGAGAAGAGACUGGGAUAAUGACAGAGCGAGGGGAAGCGAAUAUCAAGCCACUUUUGUUUUUUACAUACUGUCAGUGCAUAUCUCCACUGUAAAUUUUAAUA